CUUCUGUAUAACAGCGAGAACUGUCAUUAUAUGUUGUUGUUAUUAUUUUAAUACGAGAUCUGAUUCAGUGUCAAACAAGCGAGUGUAGCGUCAAGGUCCUCACAAAAUUACUUUAUUAAAACUUUAUAAUGAUUCUCUUUUAAAAUAUUGUGUUCAAGUGUGAUCGAAGUAAUGGACAUUGGACGCGCAUUCAAGAUGCUGGUGUUUAGCAAGGUCGUUAUCAUCUUGUGGGUUGCCGUGGAAGUGGUCGCUGCCCAAGCAGACACUACCUCAGAUAUAGACUUAACGCCACUUUUAACAGACCACUUCGGAAAGUAUGUGAAAUGCACUACCAAGCAUGGUAAAGAGGGUCAGUGUGUCAACGAGAGAUUCUGCAAUCAAGAUCACGUUAUUUUACCAGGAGGUGACAUUGAAGACAUCGAUCUUAGAGAAAAACACGUUUGUGUUGGAGAGCUGGACUGGUGUUGCUCUGUUGAACUAUUGAACACACCCACACAAGCCAAAACUACACCUAAUGAUAGGUGUCUAGCGACAAACGAUGAGGAGAGUUCGUGGACUGUGGCGCUGUACAAGUUGCAACCAGAAAAUCCACAAUCAUCGCGUCUCUUCUGCGCCGGUGUCCUCAUCUCUUCAAACGUGGUGCUCACUUCGGCGACCUGUCUUCUAGCAGCACGUAGCCACAAACUGUAUGUUCACGCGCCCGCCUCAACCGUUAAGAAGAAUUACACGGUCCAAUACCGCGUAGCCCAUAAAGAUUAUAAUUCUGGUACACAUGUACAUGACUUCGGUAUUUUGGUGUUGGAGAAAAACGUUGAAUGGGGCGACGAAAAGCCAAGGAGUGCCUGUCUCGACUUCAUCACCAAAUUACAAGGGGACUGUUUAGCAACAGGAUUCAGUAGUGACUUUGAUGUCGCGACGACAUUAUUGACCGUCGAGCAGAAGGGUUGUCGUCCCAAACAAGAUCCAGGCGACGUGUGUUGUGGCACGAACGUCAGUGACUCUGACGAUUGCAUCAUAACCCCCGGCGCGCCAGUGCUUUGCCUGUCUAGUGACAAAGUGCUGACGGUAGUUGGAGUAUCAAGGUCGGUGUGUAAAGAUAACAAAAGAGUCAGCAUCGGAGAACUGUCUUCAGUCAAAACGUGGCUUCAGAGUGAAUUACAGAAAAUUAAUCUCCAACAAAGUGUGUAUACUUAUAAAAAGUUAUGAUGUUUAAAUUAAAAUCUAAAUUAAGGUUAUGACGUCGUUUACAAAAACGCAUACGACUUAAAUAUAGUUUGCAAUGUAUUAUAUAAAAUAACAAAAACAACCUCCUUAAUAUAGUUGUAAAUAAUAAUGUUUAUGUUGUAUUUUUCUAAGCAUUUCAUUUCCUAUAGAUAGAUUUUAUAUCGUCUCGUUUCAAACCAAUCGAACAAUUCUGCAUCAGUUUUAACUUUUAGGAACAUCGCCUGAUUAAUAAUUUCACUCUGAGUAUUAAAAAAAGGAAUCACAGAAGAUAAAAAAAUUUAAAAAAAAUGUUAUUGAUUUUAAAAUUAUUUCAUAAAUAAAAACCUUCAUGUUCUCUACGUACAUAGGCUUUAUUAUAUUUUAAUAUUUAAUUUAACUCUAGUUUGUAUUGUUUUGUCAUAAAGGUCUAUCUCAAUGUUAUUUAUGAGUGGUCUCAAAAAAUUAUUUAUAAAAUAUAUGUUAUUAAGAUCUAAGUAUUUCGUUAGUAUUCAUUAUAUUAAACUAAUAUUUCUCGGCUUUA